AUGGAGACUCGCCACCAUCUGAACACUAAGAUGGUGCCGUCGUACCAGGCACCGCUGUCCAAGGUGACCGCCGCCGACCUGACGGUGGAGCGCCUGCCCGGCUGCAAGUACAUGAACCCCUCAAAGAAGCACAUUCUCCGUAAGGAGUACCGCGACAAGGUGGAGCACAUCAUGUACGACCCUCGCCCGCAGGAGGACCUGGACGCCGAGUACCCGGUGUCGUGCAACAAGCUGGUGUGCGAGUUGGCUGCCGCCCGCAAGCACCUCCACUUCAACCCUUCCGAGACCUCCAUCGGUAUCGUGACCUGCGGCGGCAUCUGCCCUGGUCUGAACGACGUCAUCCGCUCCAUCACGCUGACGGGCAUCAUAUCCUACCGCGUCAAGCGCGUUGUCGGUUUCCGUUACGGCUACUGGGGCCUCUCGAAGGAGGGCAGCAAGACUGCCAUAGAGCUGUCCCGCACGGAUGUGCGUCAGAUCCACCGCUUCGGCGGCACGAUCCUGGGUAGCUCUCGCGGUCCGCAGAGCCCGAAGGAGAUGGUCGACACGCUUGUGCGCAUGAAGAUCAACAUUCUUUUCACCGUUGGUGGUGAUGGCACGCAGCGCGGUGCUCUAACGAUCUACGAAGAGGCCAAGCGCCGGGGCGAGAACAUCGCCGUCUUUGGUGUGCCCAAGACGAUCGAUAACGAUCUUGCUUUCUCCCACCGCACCUUUGGCUUUCAGACUGCUGUCGAGCAGGCUGUGAACGCCGUGCGUGCCGCCUACGCCGAGGCUGUGUCUCUCAACUACGGUGUCGGCAUCGUGAAGUUGAUGGGCCGUGAGAGCGGUUUCAUUGCUGCCCAGACGACUGUGGCCAGCGCGCAGGCGAACAUCUGCCUCAUUCCUGAGAACCCACUGCCAAAGGAGACGGUGAUGCGCCUGAUCGAGCGCCGCCUUCAGCAGUCGCGCAACUGCGUCAUCGUGGUUGCCGAGGGCUUCGGCCAGGACUGGGAGACCGGCACGGGCGGCCACGACGCCUCCGGUAACAAGAAGCUCGUCGACAUUGGCUUCAUCCUGAAGAAGGAGGUGGAGGGCUGGCUGCGCGCGAACAAGGAGAAGUUCCCGCAGGGUACUGUCAAGUAUAUAGACCCCUCGUACAUGAUCCGCGCCUGCCCGCCGUCUUCCAACGACGCGCUCUUCUGCACCAACCUGGCAACUCUUGCUGUGCAUGAGGCCAUGGCCGGUGCCACUGGCUGCAUUAUCUCAAUGCGCUACAACAACUAUAUUCUCGUGCCCAUCAAGGCGGCCACGUCGGUGCGCCGGGUCGUUAGUCUCCGUGGCGCCCUCUGGCGCCAGGUGCGUGAGAUCACCGUGGGUCUGAGCGACGAUGUGCAGCAGUGGAACGAGCAGGACCUGCGCCGCCACCUGGAGUCGCUGAAUGUUGAGCGCGAGCGCAUUAUUGCGCGCCUGGCGUCUAAGGUGUAA